AUGGAGAAACAAGACAAACCCGACGACAAUCCAUCGCACUCUGCCCAUGCAAUUGAGGCGAACGUCUUCGAGAUCAACGAGAAGGCUCUGCUGAGGAAACUGGAUAGACGACUACUCCCUCCUGUGACGGUUCUGUAUCUUCUUUCAUUCCUUGAUCGGACGAAUGUUGGAAAUGCCCGUCUGGAUGGCAUGACUACCGAUAUCAAAAUGUCAGGAGAUCAGUAUCUCACCGGCUUGACCCUCUUCUUCAUCGGGUACGCCCUCUUCGAGGUUCCCAGCAACCUUGUCCUCAAACGUACCACGCCGCGUAUCUGGCUGCCCACCCUGACUCUCGUCUGGGCCAUUGUGGCAACCCUGCAGGGUGUCGUGCAGAGUUACCCUGGGUACCUGGCUUCGAGGUUCUUUCUGGGCGUCGCGGAGGCGGGCCUCUUCCCCGGCGUCGUCUUCUAUCUGUCCAUGUGGUACAAGCGGAACGAGCAGCAUUAUCGGGUUGCGCUCUUCUUUAGUGCUGCCGCGCUGGCGGGGGCGUUUGGAGGCAUUCUCGCGUGGGGAAUCGGGCAUAUGAAAGAUGUUGGCGGGUACAAAGGAUGGCGAUGGAUCUUCAUCCUGGAAGGUCUCGCCACGGUGGUUACCUCCGCCACUGCAUACCUGUUCGUAUACAACUAUCCGUCGACGGCCGAAUUCCUGACGGAGGCCGAACGCGAGUUCAUUAAGUUCCGCCUCAAGAAUGACAGUGAUGCCACACGCGAUGAGAAUUUCUCGUGGUCUGCCGUGUGGGAGGCAUUCUCGGAUCCCAAGGUGUGGUUAUAUGGACUUGGGUUUCACACCCUCACCUUACCGCUAUACACUCUCGCUCUCUUCCUGCCUACCAUCAUCGCUGAACUGGGAUACUCGGAUGCCCAGGCACAGCUGCUUACAAUUCCGCCGUACGUGGUGGCCACGGUCCUCACCAUCACUGUCGCCGUUCUCUCUGAACGGACCCGUUUGCGUGCCCCCUUCAUCGUCGGAUCAGCAGUCAUCGCCUGCAUCGGGUAUAUCAUGCUGUUAUCUCAGCAUCGUGCUGGUGUUUCGUAUGCGGGCACCAUCUUCGCGACGGCAGGAAUCUACCCAGCCGUCGCCAUCAUGGUAUCCUGGCCGGCGAAUAACGUCUCAGGCCAGACGAAACGGGCGGUCGCCAACGCAUUGCAGAUAAGUAUCGGCAUGCUGGGUGCGGUCCUGGGCACGCAGCUGUAUCGCACCGAGACCAGCCCGCGCUUCUUCCUCGGCCACGGCUUUGCUCUCGGGUAUAUGACAGCGUGUAUUUUCGUGACAAUGUGGCUGUGGUGGGUGCUCAAGUGGGAGAACGCGGCAAAAGCAAGAGUGAGAGAAGCCCAAGGGUUGGGUGCCUUGGAAGGAGAUGUGGGUGGUGCUGCAGAGGGAGAGUUUCUGGGAGACAAGGAUCCCCGGUGGGUGUUUCAGACGUAA